UGAAACUUUGCAGUCCCCAGAAAACCUUUAUUUCCUUUCUGCUGCACCACAGCGAGAAGCAGCAUCUCUUGGCCUCACAGCUGCACUGACCAUGGGAAGGAGCAAAUCACACUUGGUCUUGCUAGCCUUUGCCUGCGCAUUUUCUUCCUGCUGUGCUGAAGUGGCCCUGGGUGUCAAGCUGUCUCCACAAACCACGUCCUUCCACCAUACCAUCACUUCUGCUCUGCCACUUUCUGUUUAUCAUUCACCACCCCAUCAAAGCACUGCAGUUCAACCUAACAUCACAGGCUCCAUAAACCAUACAACUACUCUGCAGACAACAGACCAACGCUGGGUAACAACAGCACCAGCCUCUCAUAUGACAGCCCAGGCAGGAGCAAAUAUCAGCAAAGCGUAUGGCCAGACAUCAUCCACAGCAGUAACCUCAACUGCAGCAAAAACAGCUGCAUCUGGCCAGGCUACAACCCAGGCAAUGGAAACAGUUACACCAGCUGUGAAGAACACGACUGUGUCCCCAGACAACCAAAUCACAACCCAUGUGGACACAGUUACAAACACAACCAUAGAGAGUACAACAUCAAAGACACAAACAACAACUGCUGCCAUAAAUACUACAGCCACUGAUAACAGUACUGCAAAUCCCACCACAAGCUCAAUUAAUCACACAACUUCUGGAAGUCCAACAGCCACAGCCAUGACCAACGCAACCACCACUCAUCAGGGGACUCAUACAACCAUCCCAUCUACUACAAUGAUGGUGAGACCCACUCUGGCACCACAGCCUUCCCCCAUCCCCACUGGCACAUACACCAUUUCCAGCAGCAACAAGACCUGCGUCAAAGCAGUGAUGGGUUUGCAGCUGAUGGCUCUAAGCACACAGAAGAAGCAGAUGGAGUACCUGACUGUCAACCCCAACACCACCCAGAUAUCUGGAAGCUGUGGGAUGGUGCAGUCUGUGCUGAACAUCACUUUCACUGGAGGAUUUAUAAGCUUCGUCUUUGUAAAGAAAGAUCCAACAUACUAUGUCAGUACAAUUGAGGCUGAAUUACAGUUACCUUCUGAAGGUAUACUUUAUUACAUAGCCAUACGCCAGCAGCAUUUUACAGCAAAGCUGGGGAAUUCCUUUAAGUGUGCCAGCAAGCAAACCUUUGGCUUGGAGAGAACCUACCAGCUAUUCAUUGUUAACAUGCAGCUGCAGGCCUUUGAUAUUGUUGGCAACCAGUUUGGAAAAGAAGAAGAAUGUUUUCUUGAUAAAACCACAAAAGCAGUUCCCAUCGUCGUGGGCCUGAGCAUCCUGGGACUGUUGGUCAUUGUGUUUGUCACGUUUCUGAUUUCCAGAAAAAAGCCCCAUAGAGGAUAUGAACGUAUCUGAGGUGCUCUUGUACUUCCAAAGAAGGGGAAUCACAUGAGUUUUUGCUUUUACCUGGCAGCCUUGCUGCUCUGGAGCCGUAUUUUUAAGUGAAAUGACACCACGUGUUUAAAGCUAAUGCAUGUUUCUGGAAGUAAUUUCUUUAAGGUGGGAAGGAAAUGAUUUAUACCAUCUAUUUUUAGGCUAUUCUUAGCAACUUAUUUAGAUGGGGUCCAGAGGAUCAAAGUUAGAAGCCUAAAUUCUUUGUAUCAUCAAAAAAGAGGCAAUUCAGACCACCUCAGUCAGAUGCUUAAAAAUAGCUUAAAGCAGGCAGCAUCAUUAUCCCCCAUAAAAACCGUCUGAUUUUUCUAAAAAAGUAUUAAGAAAAAUCAAUUUCUUUAAGAUGCCAUUCAUAUUUAUUAGGAGAGUUGAGUCCGCAAUACGAUCUUCAGGUGAGUAGAGCAGAGAUCCACAGCAACAGGCAACCCUAUUAAAUCAGAGCAAGUCCUACAGAAGCACUGUUUUUUUGCUAAAGAUUUGGGGCAAGUAUAAGAAUGACUUUGAUGGAUAAGCAAAUUCCCUUCAGUCCUUUUAAACACCAGGCUUACGUUUAGUAACUUACUGUUUCCUACUGAGUCUUUUGGAGGGACACAGUGGAAAUACCCUACUCUCACUCUGGAGGCAGUAUUUUUAUUAAUUUUCUAGCCUCUAGUGACUCUGUAUGCAGAUAAGAUGACUCAGCAGGGUCAGACAGAGUCUGCCUGAGCAAUGCAUGCAAAAAUUUCUGCUCAUCAUUGCCUGUCUCAGCCUCUCUGCAAUGAUGUCUGACCUUCUUGCCAAUAAUUCUUGAACUGCAGCCUCACAAGACAUGGCAUAUGAGAGCAAUCUGAUGUUGCUGAGUUUAUCCUGCACUAUUACCCUGUUAGCUGCACCAUUCAGCAGCUGAUGACAGGCAGCUGAGAUGUCUGUGCAGAACUGGGAGUGUGUUUGGAGUCAGUAACUCCACUCAUCCACACAAGGCCAAGACAUUCUAUUUACCAAUUGGUGCUCAAGAUGCAGCAUCCCUUUGCCAUGUCUUUGCAGCACGAGGUGGAGAAAGCUGACGUGAGGCUCUGAAAGCACUGUGAUAAGUGGACCUGUGCUAAGGAUGCUGCUGUGAUAGAUAGGGACUGGGGUGAAACUGCUUGCUAGAUUCACGGAGCCUAUUAUUUCGUAGUCUUACAAGAGCUUAUGCAUCACCUGCUUCCUUUACAGACAUGGACCUGUUGUAGUGUUCACCACUGAAUUUGGUAACUGUCACCUCAGUGGGAUGACAGUAUUGUGAUCUCUCUCUUAAUGUUGGAAGAUACUGAAGUAGCCAGCACUGUAGCAGACCUGCACAAUGUCCUUGAGUAAAUGGAAAUCCACUGAAGCUGUCUGCUUAAGGUGUCUGUGGGAACUGAAAGCCUGCACAGGCUUUGGAUAAACUCUGCCUAGAAGUUAAUGCUAUCCACCACACUUGCAGCUGAGCAGCUGGAUUUUCAUAUGGAAACAGUCUAGAGUUGCUUUAAAGUAUUUGCAACACUUUGUAGUCUACUUCCUGCUAAGCAAAUGUGAAGGCGUGUAAGCAGUAAUUGCUAUUGAGAGUAAUUAAGUUCAGCUAAUUUUCUUUGUUGAAAAAAGAAAAAAUCUCCUUGUCAUAAAAGGUUACAAAGAUAAACAUAUGCACAAAUAUGCAAGUACGCACAUCACCAUCAAAUCUGCUCACUGCAGGAAACUACAUGAAAAUGAUAAGAUUUAUAUGUAAAAACAUUUGUUGAAGAGAAAACAAUAUUAUGUAAGAGCUCAUUUUCCCCUUGGGGUUUAGGGCAGUAGCUUAAUGUUACCAAUAAAUAUUUUGCCUGGAUAGGACUCAGGAAUGGCAUCAGUUAAACAAAAGAAAGACUGAAGCUAUCUGCAAAAAUGUCUUGCUGUUAGCUUUAUUUGGAAAUAAACAUAAUAUAAAUGCUGGAAGAUCACUUGAUUUCCAUUAAGUAAUGACCCAAAUCCUGAGCAGUUAUGAAUGACAGUGGAUUUACACUGGCUAAAACUGAUGUCAGUACCUUGUGAGUCUGAUUUGCCUGCAGUAUUUUUUAAAAUCAGUUUUGGUAUUUUACCAGUGUUUAACCAUCAAGAGAGUUCAGUUACUUAAAUCCCUCCAUUCUGUGAAUUUCUAGAAGAUUCUGGUCCGUGCCAAGCAGGAAACACGACACCCUUCAAUAGCACCAUAACAUGUGGCUCUGGCAGUAAUCCUCAUUUUCCAGCAAUGUUCCAGUUUAGUUUCAAUGAACUCAUAACCAAGAAAGAUAAAGACAAUUUGGAAUCACUUUUGCACUUGGAGAAGCCAAAGACAGAACUUAAAACCAGCUGUGAACAAGGGAGGCAGCUGAAUAUAAUCAUAAGGUAAAGCAGCAUGCAGUUACAAUCAGUUGAAUGCUCCAUUAUUUCAAAGGUUGUUUUGUGAAAGGCUCCAGCAGUGAUGAUAUCACUUAGCAAACUUUAUUAAGCUCAUUUUCCCCCUCCCACCUUUUCCUGCUGUUAGUGGACAUGCAGCCCACUGCCCUUGUUCAGGCCUUAGCUCUCAGGGUGUUCUUCCUGUUCAUGGUUCAUCCCACAUGAAAAUCUGAUGGUUAAUGAGAGACCUGGGUGGUGGAAACUAGUCCUUGUCUGUAAGAACUGCAGCCGUGAAAGGUCUGGGGAGUUGUGAGCCUGCUGCUUGUGCUUCUUUUCAGGAAAACCAUUGGUACAAAGUAAAAUGUCUGCUGCUGCCUGCCUGGUCAGGAAGUGGAGCUGUGGGCCAUUGCUGAGUUAUUUGUUAUUUGUUUUUGUGUAGAAAGCAGGAUUUUUUUUAAUACUAUAUUAAAGCACUCACUUUUUUUUUUUUUUUUUUUUUUAAACUGUGUAAUGUUUAAGCAGCAGGAAACAGUAAAUAUGUGGAAGUGCUUCCAAUUGAAAAUGAGCCCAUGCCUGCACUUCUGAUGCUGCUGUCCCAAGCUGUUAUAUGUGGACAUUUUAAUAACAACUGUCACCUAAAAAGCUCAGCUCCACACAUGAUCUGACCCUAAGCUAAUCCAGCUGGUGGUCAAUAGACAUCUUCCCCGUUAAAAACUAAGUCCUAUUUCACAUGGCCUUUGGAUUUUUGGGUUGUUUUAUCUGUAUGAUUUAUUACUUUAAUUAAAUAUAGGAUUUUCUUGUUAUGUUCUAUACUGGAAAAGCUCUGUAUAUUAAUAUUCAGUCUUUUAACAUUUGCUAUCAAAAUGAGGCUUGAAAAUUGUUCUUAAUGAUGAUUGUAAUUCUGUAUUUAAUCUUGUCACACCCUCUGGCAGCUUUACCAAUGAUGCAAAGUUAAUGCUUUUCUCUCACCCCAUUUUAUCACUAGAAUGAAUCAAACUAUUCAUACUGAACAAUGUUUAGAUUAAUGUUAAACUGAUUAAUUCUUAUGCAAUAUAUCACUAUUUGUUUGCUGUUUUUUGGAAGCUGUAUAAAAUCUUCUCUGGGCUUGCGCUAAGUGGCAAAGGCAAAACAAUUGGAAAUGAUCAUGACGUGCUGCUAUUUACUUGGCAAGAAGAGUGAAGAACACAGUGAAGCAGAAGUUAGGAGGUGAGCACAUCCCUGUAGCUCAGGGUAUCCCAUGAAUAUACAAUGUCAUACUUAGGCAAAUACCCAACGAGUUUAUAAAGUAAGAUUUAAUUUUUUUUAGUCCUUUGCGGGUCUCUGACAGACAAAAAAAAUGUCCAAAUUAAAAAACAGCUGUUAGUUCCGGUAACCAGGGAGAUGUAGAUUAACUUCUUAAGUGUAUGGAAUUGGUUUGGUUGAUCACUUUUAGCUUGCUCUAAUAGAUGGUUGCUAAAAAUUACUUUGUUAUGAAAAGGAAUGCAUGCCCUUCAUUUUUCUAUCAUUGGUGUUUCUAUAAUAAAGAUUGUAUUUAGUCA